UUGAAUUUCAGUUGGAUGUUGUUGUGACUGCUCGGCACCAUACAUUCUUUUCGGUUUCCAGUAUUUUACAAAACAUUUUAUUCGGACAUCUUCUUCAAAUCUACGUUAGACCUUGGCUGCAGUCUGUUUCUUGUGGUCCACAUCUUUGUUGGAGGCGAUGCGUCACGAUUCAUCCGGCAGCCGCCGAAAGGGGAAAACCCCUCAACAUCGCCCCCCCGUGGUGGCCCCAGGGACCUCCAGUUCGACACCCAGGUCCCCAAGACUUAGUGGAGUUUCAAGACAGCCCCCCGUGUCUCCCAAGAAGAGAAGGUUCCGACCAGGGACCAGGGCCUUAAUGGAGAUCCGCAAGUACCAGAAGAGCACAGAUCUUCUGCUCAGGAAGGGACCCUUCUCUCGUCUAGUUCGUGAGGUGUGCCAGAGUUUUUCUGGUGAAGCUCUCCGAUGGCAGGUCUACGCUCUUCUGGCUCUGCAGGAGGCUGCAGAGGCGUUUCUCAUCAUGUUAUUCUCAGAUGCCAAUCUGUGUGCCAUCCACGCCAAGCGGGUCACAGUGUUCCCCCGUGACAUUCAGCUGGCCAGGAGGAUCCGCGGGGUGGACAACCUGUAAAAACAACACUGUACAGAGUGGACAAGCAGGAAUUAUUUUCAUUUCAGACUGUUCAGCUGCUAUGAUGCUGCGUUUCAUCUGUUCAAACAGAAUAAGUAUUUUAAAGUUUUUUCAUUUUGUGCUACAUUUUUGGGAAUUUGGGUUGGUAAGGAAAAGAAAACGUUUUUCACAGGUUUUAUGAAAAGUUUGCUUUAAGUCACCUUUAACAGUUUGACUGUUAAUAGGAAAAUAAUCCUUGUACAGCAGUAUUUUUAUACAUUGUUGAAACAUUUUACUUUAUAUAAAAAAUCUGCUGUGUUAGUGUGGUCUUUAUUUUGAUUUUGAUGUUAUUGACGUGUACAUAUUGUUCCCCAUUCAAGUAAAUGUAUUUUGUUAAUAAACAGUUACCUACCUGGUGUUGUUUAGUUUUUUACACAUUCAAUCUUAUUGUAUCUCUUUGUAUGAUGUUACCAUCAUGUUUAAGACAAUUGUUCACAUCACUGAAAAUUGUGGAAGUGUUUCUGCCUCAGUAAAAAUAUGAAGAAAUGUUCAA